CAUGGCCGCGCCGCCGAGCGCUCCGUGUGCCCUGUGCCGUGUCCCCUGUGUGCCAGGUCUCCUCUGCCGUGUCCCCUCUGGGUGCGGUGUCCCCUCUGCCGUGCGCGGCCUUCCGAACCGCGGUAGCGACAAGCGGGGCCUGCCCCGGUUCCUGGCAGCUCGGCGCUGGCUGAGCAGGGCCCCGGAGGUACCGAGCCUUGUGACGAUGCUGGGUGGGAAGGAAACUGACCCGGCCGUGUUCGCACAUAUGGGCUGAGGUCUACUUCUGCAAUAAGCCUAAGGAAUCAAGUGCCAAGCCAGGCAGCCUGCUGAGGGUUUCUGGUGACUUAGACCUCGAGAUGAUCAAUUCCCAACUUUGCAUUUGCUGGGAUGAUGCUACUGAGUAUGGAGAGGAGAAACCUCCCAACCAGAAACAGUAGAGAAUGUCUUUUCGUGGAAGAGGAGGUGGAGGAGGAAGAGGAGGUGGCUUUAACCGUGGAGGAGGUGGCGGUGACAGGGGCGGCUUCAGCCGCGGCGGGCGAGGUGGCUUUGGACGGGGAGGUGGAAGAGGAGGCUUCAACAGAGGAGGAUAUGACCAGGGCCCUCCAGAAAGGGUAGUUUUGUUGGGAGAGUUCAUGCAUCCCUGUGAAGAUGACAUAGUUUGUAAGUGUAAAACAGAAGAAAACAAGGUGCCUUAUUUCAAUGCCCCAGUGUACCUGGAUAAUAAGGAGCAGAUUGGCAAAGUGGAUGAAAUAUUUGGACAGCUGAGAGACUUUUAUUUUUCAGUGAAACUGUCUGAGAACAUGAAAGCCUCUUCAUUUAAAAAAAUGCAAAAGUUUUACAUUGAUCCAGCAAAGCUGCUGCCUCUUCAGAGAUUUUUGCCAAGGCCCCCUGGAGAAAAAGGUGCUCCCAGAGGAGGUGGUAGAGGAGGACGUGGUGGUGGACGUGGGGGAGGAAGAGGUGGUGGUAGAGGAGGAUUUGGAGGAGGCAGAGGUGGAGGAAGAGGAGGAGGAUUCAGAGGAGGUAGAGGCGGAGGAGGAGGAGGAUUCAGAGGAGGAAGAGGUGGUGGAGGAGGCUUUCGGGGAAGAGGACAUUAAAAAUGGACCCAUGAGUAUCUCCUCAUUGUCUUAUCAUGUCAUCUGCAGAAGUGAAGAACCAUCAAAAAUUUUUGUAAAGGACCCUGAAAAUCUUUUUAUAAAGAACUUGAAGCUACAAAUGACAAUUAUUUUUACACUUCAUGGCUGUUGAUGGACACAUGAGGAGAGAGUAGCCCCAGGUGAAGAGCUGAAGACUGCUCAGAAUAUGUGUAAACUUUUCUAACUGAGCCACGGUUCGAUGUUAUUCUUAAACUGUUUGUUUCUGACAAGCAGUGCAGUGAAUGCUUAACUCCAUGUUGGAGUUGGGAGUAAACAAUCAUCUGAAAUGGGUUUUCAAAAGACCCUACAGGUUCACUGCAUGCACAUACUUCAAUGUGAACCUGUGCAUGAGUGAUCCCUGGUUCUCAUCCUCCUUUUAUAUCGAAUCUUGGCUGCUCUGAAAUGGACAUGCCAUUCAAACAACCUUUGUGAACCUUUUUUUAUAAAUUAAAUUUC